GUCAACGAUUUCAAGCGGCUACUUUGAAGGCCGGGAAGUUAAACGUCCGUCAGGCACAACGAGUAUUGUCAGUGUCAGUGUCACUUGAAGUGUCAAGUGUCAUUUUGAUUUGACAGCUUGUCUUUUCUCAUCAUCAUGCUAAUAUUUUUUCGAAAAUGGGCCAUCCUUGUGUGUAUUUCGGUGUUUAUUUCCCUUCGGAUCCUAGAAUCUGUGUUUUCAGGUCCUGCAGGUGAAAAGAGUCUACUUGUUGUCGGAAUUUUAUCUGCUCAGAACAAUUUUGCUGCAAGAUCAAGCAUUAGAAAAACAUGGAAAACUCUGCUUAACAAGACAAAUCACAAGUUUUACUUCAUUGUUGGUAGUGAAUUUUGUCCCAUUCAUCCCGUUGAUCGCAAAUCCGACUUAACAUGUGAAUCGCUUGAGCUGCCUUCAGAUAAACAAUAUGCUGAUUCUAUAUGGACGCCUGAGAUCUCUGCCGAAAGCUCAAGAAUCACAGGUGCCACUGUUACCUCUUUCACUUUCCAUGUGAAUUUCCCAGUUGUUGUGCAGCGAUUUCGUGUUUGGAUGGGACUACUUCAGACGUUUUCUUCACUUACAAUUAACUUGAAGAAUGCAAGGACUGGUACUUUGAUCUCUUCCGCUUCAUUUAAACAGCCAGCUUCCACUAAUAUGACGUGGGUUGAGGUAGAAUCUAAACCAUUUUUAUUACCAAAAUCAUUUGAUGCUGAAUUGCAACUUGUUGCUGAAAAUUCAACAGUUGCUGACCAAACAAUUCCAUCGUGCUAUGGCCAUUCUUCUUGGUUCAAUUUUAGUGAAGCGAUUGAAUUUACUACACAGUAUAGUGUAGAAAGAGGAUGGUCUAACUUUAAUGAAGAAACGUGCUCUCCAAUAUCGGUUCUUUUGAAAAUCCAUGAUUUGGAAACUGUUAUGGCUAAGAAGCAAACUCGUAGUGAGGAUUGGGAUAAGCAGAUCAAAUUUCAGUCAAAGAGACUGAGUGAUGAAGCAUCCAUCGAACAAGAUAUUUUAUUUGUAGACGUUGUAGAUGUCUAUAGAAAUAUUCCAGACAAGCUUCUUAAUUUUUAUGUGUGGGUCCACAAUAACUUACAUUUCUCAUUUUUGCUUAAAGCAGAUGAUGAUACAUUCUUAAAUGUACCCUUAAUUGAGAAAUACUUGAAAUUUAUCGAAAAAGUUGAGGAGAAAUCAGGUGCACUGUCUGAAAUGUGGUGGUGGGGAAGAUUACGUCAUGGCCUGCCUGUUGAACGUCAUGGUAAAUGGCAGGAACUUCUAUAUGCUGCACCAGUGUACCCCCCAUUCUUGUGUGGCGCUAGCUAUGUACUGAAUGAAAAUGUUGUUAAAUUUCUUUCAACCAAUUCAAGGUGGCUUCAUCGAUAUCAAGGUGAAGAUACUUCUCUUGGGAUCUGGUUGUCCAGUGUUCAUCCGAAAAUUCCCAAAAACGCAACUUGCCACUGGGUGUGUGGAAGUGAGUGUGACAAGUCCACCUGUAACCGAGGACAAAUCUCUGCAGAUGAUAUGUUAAAAGUAUGGCAUCAAUUCCAGAAAACACAGAGCUUGUGCUGAGAGGCGACAAGCCAGAUAUCAAUUGAAGGGAGUCCAACCAUGGGUUAUUUAAAUUUUAUUGGAGGUUCCCAAUAAGAAGAAGUUUUAAUGGAACGUGAGCAACGCAAUCCAAGCAAUGAGUACAGAAGAUAUUUUGAGAAGUCUAUUACUUCCAUUUUGAAAGCUUUCUUCUUGGGGCUGAAGGGAAGUGGCGCCAAUCUUCUAUUGUUGGUGGUGCUAGGUGGCAUGUCAUCGUCGUCUUCGUCAUCAUCAUUGUCAUCUGUGUCUGGGAAGUCGUCGUGGUACUCAUCAACCUGCAACAGAUGAGUUUUCAACAUCAGUAUCUGAACAAUGUUGUUACACUGUUUCUGUAAACACAGUGUAUACUACUGAGAAAAAAUGGUAACUUUCUUUA